UUAGAAAUUAGCCCCUGGUUACGGGAGUUCAGAGCCGAGAAUGCUGUGGAUUUCUCGAGGUUAACAUUUGACCCAGGACAGAAAGAACUUGUCGUAGGAGCAAGAAACUAUCUCUUCAGACUACAGCUUGAGGAUCUGUCUCUCAUCCAGGCUGUGGAGUGGGAGUGUGACGAAGCUACCAAGAAGGCCUGUUACAGCAAGGGCAAAUCGAAGGAGGAAUGUCAGAACUACAUACGAGUGCUCUUAGUGGGCGGGGACCGGCUAUUCACCUGUGGUACCAAUGCCUUCACACCUGUCUGUACCAUCCGCUCGUUAAGUAACCUGACUGAGAUCCAUGACCAGAUCAGUGGCAUGGCCCGCUGUCCCUACAGUCCCCAGCAUAAUUCUACAGCUCUGCUCACUGCCAGUGGUGAGCUCUAUGCUGCAACAGCCAUGGAUUUCCCAGGACGAGAUCCAGCCAUUUAUCGGAGUCUGGGCACCUUACCUCCUCUCCGAACUGCACAGUACAACUCCAAAUGGCUCAAUGAACCAAACUUUGUGUCUUCCUACGACAUCGGAAAUUUCACCUACUUCUUCUUCCGAGAAAACGCUGUGGAACAUGACUGUGGGAAGACUGUGUUCUCCAGGGCCGCCCGUGUCUGCAAGAAUGACAUUGGAGGACGUUUUCUUCUGGAGGAUACCUGGACUACCUUCAUGAAGGCUCGCCUCAACUGCUCCCGGCCUGGUGAGGUGCCCUUCUACUACAACGAGCUGCAGGGCACCUUCUUCCUGCCCGAGCUGGAUCUGAUCUAUGGCAUCUUCACCACCAAUGUAAACAGCAUUGCUGCCUCUGCUGUCUGUGUCUUCAACCUGAGCGCCAUCUCUCAGGCCUUCAAUGGACCCUUCAAGUACCAAGAGAACUCUCGUUCAGCCUGGCUGCCUUAUCCCAAUCCCAACCCCAAUUUUCAGUGCGGCACCAUGGACCAGGGCCUGUAUGUAAACCUGACGGAAAGAAACCUACAGGAUGCUCAGAAGUUCAUUCUGAUGCAUGAGGUGGUGCAGCCAGUGACCACUGUGCCCUCCUUCAUGGAGGACAACAGCCGCUUCUCCCACUUGGCCGUCGAUGUUGUGCAAGGCAGAGACACUCUGGUGCACAUCAUCUAUCUGGCCACAGAUUAUGGCACCAUUAAGAAAGUACGAGCUCCCCUGAGUCAGAGCUCAGGCAGCUGCUUGCUGGAAGAGAUUGAGCUUUUCCCAGAGAGGAGGAGUGAGCCCAUCAGGAGCCUGCAGAUCCUCCACAGCCAGAGUGUCCUAUUUGUGGGGCUGCAGGAGCAUGUGGUCAAGAUCCCCCUGAAGAGGUGCCACUUCCAUCAAACACACAGUGCCUGCAUUGGUGCUCAGGACCCUUACUGUGGCUGGGAUGCGGUGAUGAAGAAGUGCACCAGCCUGGAGGAGAGUCUGAGCAUGACCCAGUGGGAUCAGAGCAUCCCCACCUGUCCGACCAGAAAUCUCACUGUAGAUGGAAGCUUUGGCCCAUGGUCUCCGUGGACACCCUGUACACAUACUGAUGGCAGCGCUGUGGGAUCCUGCCUCUGCCGGUCUCGCUCCUGUGACAACCCAGCUCCGCAGUGUGGUGGCUGGCAGUGUGAGGGGCCUAGAAUGGAGAUCACCAACUGUUCCAGGAAUGGAGGCUGGACUCCCUGGACCUCCUGGUCUCCCUGCAGCACCACCUGUGGCAUCGGCUUCCAGGUGCGGCAGCGCUCCUGCAGCAACCCCACGCCCAGACAUGGUGGCCGCGUGUGCGUGGGUCAGAACAGGGAGGAAAGAUACUGCAAUGAACACUUGCUGUGCCCACCACACAUGUUCUGGACAGGCUGGGGACCCUGGGAACGAUGCACAGCCCAGUGUGGGGGUGGCAUUCAAGCCCGCCGUAGGACCUGUGAAAAUGGACCUGAUUGUGCAGGAUGCAAUGUGGAAUACCAGCCUUGUAAUACCAAUGCAUGCCCAGAGCUGAAGAAGACCACACCGUGGACCCCCUGGACACCGGUCAACAUCUCUGACAAUGGAGGCCACUACGAGCAGAGGUUCCGCUAUACCUGUAAAGCUCGCCUGCCAGAUCCAAAUUUGCUGGAAGUCGGAAGGCAGAGGAUAGAAAUGCGGUAUUGUUCCAGUGAUGGGACCAGCGGCUGCUCCACAGAUGGACUUUCUGGAGACUUUCUACGAGCUGGAAGAUAUUCUGCACAUACAGUCAAUGGGGCAUGGUCAGCCUGGACUUCCUGGUCACAAUGUAGCAGAGACUGCAGCAGGGGCAUUCGGAACCGGAAGCGUGUUUGCAACAACCCAGAACCCAAGUAUGGGGGUAUGCCAUGUCUUGGCCCAUCGCUGGAGUUCCAGGAAUGCAACAUUUUACCCUGUCCAGUGGAUGGUGUGUGGUCUUGCUGGUCAUCCUGGUCUAAAUGCUCAGCAACCUGUGGGGGUGGACACUACAUGAGAACCCGUUCGUGUACGAAUCCAGCCCCAGCAUAUGGAGGGGACAUCUGCCUGGGACUGCACACAGAGGAGGCACUCUGCAACACACAGACCUGCCCAGAGAGCUGGUCAGAGUGGUCAGACUGGUCCGUGUGUGAUGCGUCUGGUACCCAGGUCCGUGCUCGGCAGUGCAUCCUUCUGUUUCCUGUGGGCAGCCAGUGUUCCGGAAAUACGACAGAGACCCGGCCUUGUGUAUUUGACUCUAAUUUCAUCCCUGAAGUGUCUGUGGCAAGAUCCAGCAGCGUAGAAGAGAAGAGGUGUGGAGAGUUCAACAUGUUCCACAUGAUGGCUGUGGGGCUUAGCAGUUCCAUCCUCGGCUGCCUCCUCACACUGCUUGUCUACACAUACUGCCAGCGGUACCAGCAGCAAUCCCAUGAUGCAACUGUCAUCCACCCUGUCUCUCCUGCUGCCCUCAACAGCAGCAUAACUAACCACAUCAACAAACUGGACAAAUAUGACUCUGUGGAGGCCAUCAAGGCAUUUAACAAAAACAACUUGAUCCUAGAGGAAAGAAACAAAUACUUCAACCCACAUCUCACCGGGAAGACCUAUUCCAACGCCUACUUUACAGAUCUCAACAAUUAUGAUGAAUACUAGCAGCCCUUACCUGUUUGGCUCCUUGUAAACUCUCUGCUCCUCAAAGCCGUGCUCCAUGACUGCCCAUAUUUCUGAGACUCCAGAGACGACGUGUGGAUCCAUUUCAAGUGCAUUUCAAACCAGGACUUUCCCAUCGCUACCAAAAAAAAAAGCGCACACCCUUAAAUGCCUAAAUGUGGUGUUGUGAAAAAUCCAGUCUAUAGAAAACACUUGGUUGUUGCAAAGUGAGCCAUGGUAUGACGUUCUGUAUUGUCCUCAUCCCAAACUCUAACUGGUCUACUGUUUUUCAUUAGUU